AAGCGCGGCCCAUUGAGGAGGCCCGAAUGCCGAGAGAGGGGAGCGCCGGGAGCGCCGCUUGCCAGCCGCUCGCCAGACCGGGACAAGCGAGAGCACCGGCAGGAGCAGCCCCAGCGGAGCCGGGAAGGCCGACAUGGACGGGCCGGCGUGUGACGACGGGACCCGGGUCCCCGACCGCGUGACCCUGAAGAAGGAGAUCGGCCUGCUGAGCGCCUGCACCAUCAUCAUCGGGAACAUCAUCGGCUCGGGCAUCUUCAUCUCGCCCAAAGGCGUUCUGGAGCACUCGGGCUCGGUGGGCGCGGCCCUACUGGUGUGGAUGCUGGGCGGGGGCGUGGCCGCCCUGGGCUCGCUCUGCUACGCCGAGCUGGGCGUGGCCAUCCCCAAGUCGGGCGGCGACUACGCCUACGUCUGCGAGAUCUUCGGAGGCCUCGCGGGGUUCCUGUUACUGUGGAGCGCCGUGCUGAUCAUGUACCCGACCACGCUGGCCGUCAUCGCGCUCACCUUCUCCAGUUACGUGCUGCAGCCCGUCUUCCCCGAGUGCGCGCCGCCGUACGCCGCCACGCGAGUGCUGUCGGCCACCUGCCUCCUGCUGCUGACGUGGGUGAAUUGCAGCAGCGUGCGCAUGGCCACCAGGAUCCAGGACGCCUUCACGGUUGGUAAGCUGCUGGCCUUGGGCCUCAUCAUCGCGGUGGGUCUGGUCCAGAUCUUCAAGGGGAACUUCGAGGCGUUGACUCCUCAGGCGGUCUUCUCCGUGGAGAGGACCCCCUCGGUGGGGCAGAUGGCGCUGGCCUUCCUGCAUGCCUCCUUUGCCUUCAGCGGCUGGAACUUCCUCAACUACGUGACGGAGGAGGUGGUGGAUCCCAGAAGGAACCUCCCCCGCGCCAUCUACAUCUCCAUUCCGCUGGUGACGCUGGUCUACACGCUGACCAACAUGGCCUACUUCUCAUCCAUGUCCUCUGACGAGCUGCUUUCUUCCAACGCCGUAGCUGUGACGUUCGGAGAGAAGCUGCUGGGCACCUUUUCCGUCAUCAUGCCCAUCUCCGUGGCGUUGUCCACGUUCGGAGGCAUCAACGGCUACCUGUUCACUUCCUCCAGGUUGUGUUUCUCCGGCGCGAGGGAGGGUCACCUGCCCAGCCUGCUAGCCAUGAUCCACGUCAACAAGUGCACGCCCAUCCCCGCUCUACUGGUCUGCUGCACGGCCGCCAUGGUGAUCCUGUGUAUCGGGGAGACUCACAACCUGAUCAACUAUGUCUCCUUCAUCAACUACUUGUCGUACGGGGUCACCAUCGCGGGCCUGCUCUUCUACCGCUGGAAGAAGCCCAACCUCUACCGCCCCAUCAAGGUCCAUUUGCUGGUGCCCGUGUGCUAUCUGAUGUUCUGGGCGCUCCUGUUGGGCUUCAGUCUUUAUUCAGAGCCCCUGGUGUGCGGCGUGGGUCUUCUUAUCAUGCUCACCGGCGUGCCCGUCUACUUUCUGGGUGUCCGCUGCGGGGCCAAACCAAAGUGCAUCAACCGCUUCAUUGAGACGGUGACCUUCGUGGGCCAGAGGUUGUGUUUCGUGGUCUUUCCUCAGCUGGACCCCGUCGAGGUGGCCGAGCCUUCCGAGCAGACGGAGCCAUCGUCCGGUUCGUCCGCUCGCUCCUAACAAAAUCAACGCGAGCGCAUCUUGUUGAGAUUCCUCGCAGCCGCCUCAUCCUGCGCUGCGCGGGAACGUCCCUGUGUAACAUUCGCCGGAUGGACGUCGGCCCACUGGAAGCUUUUGUCUUCCUUACAGACUUUUGCGUGUUUUGUUUUGUUUGCCAACGCACAAAGUACUGCUCUGUCACGUCGCCGGCAUGUCCUCCCCUGGAUGACGGAGUGAAGGUCGCUGAGGUCUCAUGACACUUCAAGUUUAGGCAAAGGAUAUUGACAGAAAACUCAGAUGUCCAUCCAAAACGGGCAUCAAAAUGCAGCCAAAUGUCGAAUUAAUCCGCUUUUCUAGCUGUCGCGUCAACUAAGCUAGCUAGCAAGAUAAACCACAGAAGCUUAGCAGCAGAAUCAACCAGUGAAAUGUACUAGUUUGCCUUAACAAGCAACCAAAUAAGACAACUCGCUUUCGAAAGGCGAAAAAUUAACCGGUAAAACGUUUUUCGCGAACCAAGCGGCUGAGCUAGCUUGCUAAGAUAGCUAAAAAAAAAAACGGAACAUUUGAAACACAGCACCGGUCAAACAUUGCUGCAGUCAGAACAGUGGUAGGUAGAUACACUCAAGACGAGUUUUAUGAGGAAAAAAAAACUCGCUUAGAGGAAAUAAGUCAUUUUCUUUGUGUCACGGUUCAGAUUUUUUCCAAGAGAUUUUUUUUUCCAUUACUAACUGACUGAUUUAGAUUUAGCAUAUUUAGCAUCGCCUGUUUUUUGCUUUUGUUUAUGUCAAUUGUUUGUAAAUAUCCUGUUCGGUUCAACAAUUCCUGUGUCACAGUGGGCCAGUGUGUUGGUUCUACCUGGGGUGUGAUUGUGAUGUACAGUAUUUCAAAUCCAGUAUGAGCUCAAAUUCAUUCAUAAAGGCCGACACACGGGGGGGGGGGGGGGGGGGAUUAGUUCCGUGUCACUUUAUAGAAUGAUGGAGUUUUAAUGGGGUCAAUUUCACAUUUUACCGUGAUCAAUGUUUACCUUUUUACGAUAAAUAAAAAAUAUAAAUAAAUAAAAAAACCCAGGAAGUAUUCAACUAAUAGUGUUUUUAAAGGUUUAAGAUGUACAAAAUAUAUGUUCUCUCGUAACCUGAAGGAAUUGCUUCGGUUUGUUUUUGUCGAAGGUGAAAUUUAUCACGAUGUAAAGUUUUGUGAUUUUUUUUUUCCUGGCGUCGUAGCAAUAUACUUCCAUAAACUGACAUUUGUUUCCCCACUGUAAAUUAUUUGUAAAGUCCUGACAACGCAAUAUUGUUAAAUAUCACUUAUUUAGACGUGAGCAUUUUUCUAAAAGAGAAACAAUAGAGUGCAAUCUAAUCAUGUUUAUGCUUUUGAACAAGAUUGGUUAUAUGUCAGAUUAAAAUUUACGACAGCUUCCCAUUUUAA